AUGGCUCCGACGACAAGCGUACACGAAUUGACGGACGGUUGGACUUUCAAGCAGGCCGACGACACCUCGGAAAAUGCAUGGCUGCCGGUCAAGAGAGUCCCGACCAAUGUUCAUCUGGACCUCAUCGAUAAUGCCAAGAUACCUGACCCCUUUCUGGGCUUUAACGAGCUUGAGGCCGAGUGGGUAGCAGAUAAAACCUGGACGUACAAAGUGCAGCUGCCAGAUAUGAAGGUCCCGCAAGAUGGCUCUGUUACGGUCCUGGCCUUCGAUGGCCUCGACACCUUUGCGACUGUCAAGCUCAAUGGCGAAGUCAUCCUCGAAAGCGACAAUAUGUUUAUCCCUCAUCGUGUGGACAUCACAAAACGGGUGGCGCAGGGUUCGGCCAACAGUCUCGAAGUCGACUUCGCCUCUGCAAGAUUGGAAGCCAUCAAGAUUCGGGAAGCUCACCCAGAACACACGUGGGUUGGCUUCAACGGCGACAUGUCUCGGCUGGCAGUGCGAAAAGCGCAGUACCACUGGGGCUGGGAUUGGGGACCUAUGCUCAACACUUGCGGCCCAUGGCGACCUAUCCGACUGGAAACUUAUCAUUCGAGAGUCACGGAUCUUCGUAUUGAAUAUGCUCUAGAUGAGAGUCUCAAAACUGCUACUGGGUCCCUAGAGGCUAGAAUAGAGGGGUCAUCGGGCCAGAGUGUGUCAUUUGAAAUGCGCUGUGGAGAAGACUUGGUUUCCCAGAUCUCCGCGGACAUCUACGGUGGUGUCGCCCAGGUUGAAUUUAGAGUGGGCGAUGUUCGGCUUUGGUACCCUCAUGGGUAUGGAGAUCAACCGCUGUACACGGUCACUGCGACUGUGUCAGCUGACGGUGUCACUUUGCAUCAAGCGACCCGUCGGACCGGCUUCCGCAAAGGAGAAUUGAUUCAAGAGCCAGACUCUGUGGGGAAAACCUUCUUUUUCAGGAUCAACGGCGUCGACAUCUUCUGUGGUGGAUCGGAUUGGAUACCGGCUGACUCGUUCACGCCCCGUAUCUCAAAAGGGAGGUAUCGCAGAUGGCUCGAAACGAUGGUCGAUGGCUAUCAGGUCAUGAUACGUAUUUGGGGCGGAGGCAUAUGGGAGGAAGAUGUUUUUUUACGAGCUUUGUGA